CCAAGCUCUGCUAAUCUUUUCCUGGUCUUCUCUCUUAACCCAGUCCCUGCAUCAUCGUCUUCGUCGAGUGGAAUGGCAACAACGCGCCCUGCGUCCACGAUCUCCGCGCCGACGAGUGCCUUGUCGAGGCCUUGAAGUGCGAGAUCGGAUUUGGAAGGGGCGUUCGGAUGCGAGGGGAGCGGGAAGGAGAGCAGGGCAGGCGCCGGUUCCAACUCAAGCUCGUCGACAGCAGCGGUAAGAUCUCCCACGACUUCCAUUUCCACAUUCUCGGCGUCCUCUUCGCCGGUGUCUAGUUUUUGUCGUUUCUUGGGUCGUUUCUCCUUCGGGGUUUUGAUUUUCGUUGGAGCGGCAGCUUCUUGGACAGAGUCUUGUGGAACCUCCACCUCCAUUAUAUCGGCUUCGCCUGCCUCCUCAUCCUCAUCCUCUUCGUCUUGACUUUCACCGUCCUCGUCUUUUUUACUCGAGGACGCUCCGGUUGUCGAUUUCCCCUUGCCCUUUCGCCGUUGCUUCUUGCGCUUCAAGUAGCGUUGCUUCGCUUUGGUUUUUUCCUACGCGCUGAUAAGACGAAUGAAAAAGACAUCGAGACACUUUCUACGAGGAGAUCGUACUUUCGUUUGAUCUGCAGGGGCGGGCUUCGCUGCAACCGCGGGCGACAUUCAAGGAAGAAAUGUGGGAACGAUAUCAGUGGCUGUACCCUUCCAUUUUGAGCGAGACUACUCUGUCGCGAAUUUUCAUGUUCAGAGCUCUGCCUUGUCCACGCCGGGUGCUGCUGCACAACACUUCACGCGUCGUCUGAAUGGCCAUGUGGUGGAUUCAGUCGUGCACGCGCGAUUCAAAGGGACGACGCCCCGCGCGCCGCGUGCCGACUUGGCCAGCAUUCCCAUGGCCUUGCGCCAGCUUUACCUGAGCUCCCGAAGUACGACGAGUCCGACCCAUUCACUCCCCAGCGAAAGAAAAGGUUUUUCCGUUUCUAUCUGCUCCUCUUAAUCCCUAUCUUGCUCUGGGGCCAAUGGGAGCUGCAUUCGGACCCGAGACCGCUCAUCGAGAAAAAGCGAAGAAGAAGUUGAUCGAGCGUCUGACCGAACUGCAGGAGAAAACGACGACUCUGCCUACGACAACGAACUUUUCCUCCGCGCCAGUGGCCGCAGUCCUUUCGUACAGCCAAUGGCUGGUGAACACAUUCGUUCCACCCCACAUCUACGACACACCCAGAGCGACCGGGUCUUCGAGUUGUUGGCUGCCGAGUGCCCUGAGGAGCUUUUGAAGUCCUUGAGGGAGGCAGCUAUGUUGUCGUAUUCCAGUGCCACGGAACCGUGCGAGGGAGAGGCUGCGCAAUUGAAGAGAGCCGAGGAUCUGUUCACUUUAGCUGAUUUGGUUCUGAGGCAGUGUUAUCAGGCAGUGCACGAACAGUUGCCUGCGAGACGGACCAAAGAGAUUGAUUCAGCUCCAUCUGCACCCUGAUGUCUACGCGGUUUAGAGUGAUCAGCUGCGGUGCAGGGUGAUCAACUGCGGUGUAGAGUGAUCAAAUGAGACGCUUGCAGCCGGACAAAAUGUUGGGCCGACGAACGAGCCCAACAAGAUGAGCCAACAACGGGGCAGUGAGCGCCAUCGCAUCUAUUUCUGUAAUGUAUUACCUGUCAAUCAAACUGCGGACGAUUCAACGAUGUCUCACUGCUGCCUUUCCUACGCGUCGCUAUAUAACAAGGCUAGUUGAAAUCCCCAGAAUGUACAGACCCCCUCACAACGAUGGACUUCCCCAAGCCGGAAACUACUCCCCCGCCCUACCACUCAACUGAGGCUUCCUCAUCGCAACCGCAAUCGCCUCCCCAGAUUGGACCGUCGGGCAUCGAAUUCGUGCGCGAUGCAGAGUAUCUGAUCGAGUCGUUCCUGCCGGCAUACGCGCCCCCCACUGCCCCGCCAACGUACGCGCGAUCGGCGCUGCCCAUGCCGUUCUGCACGCCCCAGAUCGCAGUCAAGUUUGAUUCCGCCUUUGCAAGAGGAUACAACUUCGAGCUGCAGAAUGCGGUGGGGAUCUCUCAGGAGGAAUUCUUGCAAUUCAUUGACGGUCUGAAUCUCGCGAUGACAGCCAGUCCGCCGCUGCGUGUGGUCAACACUGUUGGAAUGGCUAUCGGUUUUGUGUACGUCGAGCCGACUACUCUCAAUUUCGAUCUCACUCUCGAGCAGCCAUUCCACUGGGCCAUGAUCGCUGGCACUGUGAUCCAGACCACCGCCCAAAUCGGCAUGCAUGUGUUGUCCAAGACCCUCACCGAUCGCUAUCUCCGCGCUGCGAACCAGCGGCUGUUCAAGCCCAAAGGCCUCGUCGUCCGUCUCUGCACCACCGCCGCGAUGGAGCAUCUCGUCAUGCACAGCGGGACCGGCAAAGGCCCCUCGGCGCUCAGCAAGAUCGGACGGGGAGUGGGCACCGUUCUGCUGCAUGCCCCGCUUCCUUUCAGCAGCAGGAUCGUGCGGGCCAUAGCGGACAAGCCGCCCACCGUCCACGCGAGCAUCAGCAGCGUUGGCGAUGGACGCAGCAUGCCGCUGUCGACGCAGCGAAGGCUUGCCUCGCUCGACGGACACGCGCUCCAUGUCGAUCUCGACGUCCCCCCGCCCGCGAAAGUGUCCGGUGUGAUGGAUACCAUGGCUUCUUGGGGUGUCGCUUUCGACGCGUACCGAAACAGACGCAAAGAAGACAGAGUCGAGCAGCGUCGCCGAGAGCUGGAGCGGGUCAACUAUCAGCUUCAGGCGAUCGGGAUGAGUCCUCGACCAGCCAAUGCGCCGGUAGCUGCACCUAUGAGCUACAUGGAGAUGGAGUUGAUGGGUAGAAAGGAGAGAAAACAUUUGCGCAAAGCUGCAAAACGAGCGCGGAGACGUGAACGAGGCAGGAAUGGCUUGUUGAGCGGUGUGAUCGGACCCAAAGAGACUAAGCUGGAGAGGAAGGUCGCGAAUGCAAAUCUGCUGGAGCACUGGGGGACUGGCCAGGUCGUCUGGCUCGUGGUGAUGAAUGCCGAUUUGGAUAGCGAAAUCGAGGGAAUAGAGCGCGCUGACAGCAUGGACAACGAAGAACAUGUCGAUCAACAAGCAUGGCAAGCAGAAAUGGUUCGAGAACGCGAUCAGUUGGAAGAAGAGGAGGAUUCGAGUGAUGAGGAAGACGAAGAGCAUCAUCAUCACAACUGA